GCUGACGGUCUAACUGCUGGAUUUAUCGCUCUGUACGGAUGUAAAACCCAAUUUUCAAAUAAGGCAAAGCAUACGGUCGUGUCACCAUCGCUCCGUUGAUCUUUCAACUAAUGCGAUGAUGUGAAAAAAUGGUUAUUUUUAGGGUUAUCGCCACCAACGGAGUUGCAGCGGGCAGGGGCUCACUCGUCUGGCGACGAGAAGCAAGAUAAGUGCUACAGGACGCUCAGCUGAGACGGGCUACUUCCCCCUUUCAAAAGAGGUUGCGGGAAAUGCAGGCGCUCCAUUUACACAGCUCUGUUGAUUCCUUCGCGACUGUAAUCUUUCUCCGGGACAAGGCGUUUGGAAAGGGGAAAUGUGAAUGGGCUUAAAGUAUGGCAUGCAAAGAUGGUUUCUGCCAAGAAGGAGAUGGUGAUUGCGAUGUCCCCCCGUUACAUAUACUCUCUCCUCUACUUUCUCUGCAUGGUCGCCUGUAUAUGUAGAAUUUCAGGACAGGUCAAAAAGGAUGACAGGAUUUAUCCCGAAAAUUUCACACGCAUUCUGGAUAGACUCCUGGAUGGCUAUGACAACAGGCUACGACCCGGAUUUGGCGGCCCGGUGACGGAGGUGAAAACCGACAUCUACGUGACAAGCUUUGGGCCUGUUUCCGAUGUCGAAAUGGAGUACACGAUGGACGUCUUCUUCCGCCAGACGUGGGUGGACAGGAGGCUGCGCUACGAGGGCCCCAUUGAGAUCCUGCGCCUCAACAACCUGAUGGUCACCAAGGUGUGGACCCCCGACACCUUCUUCAGGAACGGGAAGAAGUCGGUGGCCCACAACAUGACCGCCCCCAACAAGCUGUUCCGCAUCAUGAAGAAUGGUACCAUCCUGUACACCAUGAGGCUGACGAUCAGCGCUGAGUGUCCAAUGAGGCUUGUGGACUUCCCCAUGGACGGACACGCCUGCCCGCUCAAAUUCGGAAGCUAUGCAUACCCAAAAACCGAGAUGAUAUACACCUGGACCAAAGGCCCCCAGCAUUCAGUGGAGGUACCCCCAGAGUCAUCAAGCCUGGUGCAGUAUGACCUGAUUGGCCAGACUGUCUCCAGUGAAACUGUAAAAUCAAUUACAGGUGAAUACGUGGUGAUGACUGUGUACUUCCACUUGAAACGGAAAAUGGGCUACUUCAUGAUUCAGACGUAUAUCCCAUGCAUCAUGACAGUAAUCCUCUCCCAAGUGUCCUUCUGGAUAAAUAAAGAAUCCGUGCCCGCCAGAACCGUAUUCGGGAUCACAACCGUGCUGACCAUGACCACGCUAAGCAUCAGUGCCCGCCAUUCGCUGCCUAAGGUCUCCUACGCCACCGCCAUGGACUGGUUCAUCGCCGUCUGCUUUGCCUUCGUCUUCUCCGCCCUCAUUGAAUUCGCCGCCGUCAACUACUUCACCAACGCGCAGGCGGAGAGGGCCAAGAGGAAGCAGGCCAAAUGCCCCCCGGCCCCCAAGGCUACUCCGGUGAAACAGGCCAGCGACAGUGAGGAGGUGCUGCAGCAGAAUCCAGAUACUAACGGUAACCUUCGCAAGCGGAUGAAUCUAAUGUCGCAGUCGGACUCGAACAGCACCCAGAGAACCUGCAGCAGACCAGACGGGGGGACCAGGCAGCUGGCGGCAGACUCCGCCUCCUCAGCGACAGCGGCGGCACCCUCUGCCACCCAACCCCACUCCAGCCCCAACCCUUUCAGCCAAUCGAACCCGGGCCCGCUCGCCCUAGCCACUAGUAACACGCCCCCGGCCCCGCCCUCCACCCCGACAGUCACUGGGCGCGAACGCUUUCCUUCAAAUAUCUAUGUGGGCUCCACCUCUCUGCAGCGCCUCCUGGGGCCAAAGCUGGAGCACAUUCAAGCGACGGGACUCAAAGGGGACCCAGGAGCCCAGUCCGUCCCCGGGGGAUCGUCGGGGCCGAACGGCACCAGUAAAAUCGACAAGUAUGCUCGCAUACUCUUCCCAGUGUCCUUUGGGGCUUUCAACAUGGUAUACUGGGUGGUCUACCUAUCAAAGGACACCAUGGAGCCAAGAGACGGCUAACCCCGACCUUCAUUUUCUAUCAGUCCCUCAAUGGAAGACAAAAAUGCAAGUAAUGGUAUAAACUCUAGGGGCUUAUCAGUAUUAGCUUACAAGAAAUGUCUGAAAUUUUCUUCAAGCAGAAAGUGAAUAGUACACCAUUUAAUAAGUAAACAAAUGGAACGGUUACCUCAGUAGUUAAGUCCGACAGAAGAAGUCCCACAGCAUCCAUAUACUGUUCAAAGGGUUGAGCAUGUGAAGACACAAUCACAUUCCAGAUUUUUUGAAUUGUAUUAAUUACAGUACGCUGUAUAUUUUCAAUGGAUGUGUUUGGAUGUUUAUGGCAAAUUACAACAUGUAAUCCAGCAAUAGUAUUUACUUUUUGGUUGGGGGAGUAGAUAUGACAAUUUUGUGUCCAAAUACAUCAGUUAAGUUGAACAUCCAGAACAUAAACUUAAAGCAUUUCCUUUGGUCUGUUUUUGGGGGGAGGACGUAUGUUUCUAAAUAGAAAAAGUUAAAACAAUUUCUGUAUCAUUAGGUACCAUAUAGUUUUAUUUUCCUUAUGUAUUUAAUUUAGUUUCUUUUUUCCAUGUGUAUGCAGUUAACACUCCAGGAGCCAGCAUCCACCUAUAUCCAUCUGUCUCCUGUGAUUUGAACCUUUCCUUUAUCUCAUGAACAGAUGUCUG